UCGGCGUAACCAUGGCGGCUCGUGUCCUUUCAGCUUGUGUCCGCCGACUGCCCGCGGCCUUCGCGCCGCUGCCCCGGGUUCCCACGCUGGCCGCAGCCCGGCCGCUCAGCAUCACCCUGUGCCCCGCGGGGGCCCGGACGAGGCCUGGGGCUCCGCAGACAGCCUCGGUGCUCGCGCAGGUUCCGCUCACACAGCUGUGCCGCCAGUAUAGCGACGCACCCCCUCUGACGUUAGAGGGGAUCAAGGACCGUGUUCUUUAUGUCUUGAAACUUUAUGACAAGAUUGACCCAGAAAAGCUCUCGGUAAAUUCCCACUUUAUGAAAGACCUGGGCUUAGACAGUUUGGACCAAGUGGAAAUUAUCAUGGCCAUGGAGGACGAAUUUGGGUUUGAAAUUCCUGAUACAGAUGCGGAGAAGUUAAUGUGUCCACAAGAAAUUGUAGAUUACAUUGCAGAUAAGAAGGAUGUAUAUGAAUAAAAUAUCAGGUAAAUAAUUUGACUUACAGAAUGAUGUCUUCCCAUAGAAUUAAUCUCUCUGUAGUUCUUCAGUAAAGUAGGAAGACCCGGGAAGAAAUGCAAACAUUGGAAAUCCUUGACAGAUUUUCACUGGUUAUAAAACAGAGGUCCUCUCUGGUUAUCUGCCACUCAGAGGGGGCUGGCAUUAGUGAUUAUCUUUAUCCUUGAGACAGGCCAUGAACAGUUCAUUCUUGGACAGGACUUCCUUGAUUGUCAGCCUUCCUCACAAAAACGGUCUUGUACAAAACACCGAGCAGGGCAACCCAGAAGCAGAGACCCCUACCGCCCUCGGUUUCACCUUGGAAGCCAGCCUAGCCUGCUGUCCCGGAACCUGAGAUGGCCUGACUCCUUAAUCAGGCAGGAGACGCCUCCUGGGUUAAGAGGCUAGACUCUGGAGUCAGAGAGCUUUAUUCUCAGCUCUGUCAAGGUCUGUAAGUCUGGUGAUCUUGGGCAGGCUGCCUAGCCUUUAAGCCUGUUUCCUCAGAUGGAAAAUGGGGAUAAGGAUAGGACUUACCUGAGGCUUUCCUGAAGGUAAAAUUCAGUAGUGUAUACAAAUUACUUAAGACAGAACAUGUAAAGAAGCCUGUCAGUAAACAUUAGCUGUUUUUCAGGCUCUAGUAUUAUGAUCAGUUGACUUUUUAAAAAUAAACAUUGUAUUAAGUGUCUGUAACUUUGAUUACCCUAUAUUGAGCACAUCAAAUCACCGAAAGUGCACCAAAAAGAAACACUGAACUAACUUUGUCUUUGCCAGACCCCCUUUUUUCACUGAGAGAAGAGUUGGAAGAUGCUGGCGAGUGUCUGGAAGUGAGAACGCGUUUUGGCAUUAUUGCUGCCUUUGACAGAGUAAUUCUGUUUAGACUUGUAUUUAAAUUGUCUGUUUUUUCCUUUGAAAAUAAAUCUAUAAAGCCAACAUUUUUCUUAGUCUUCAGUUUUUCAGUGCCUAUAAAGUGCUUAUUUAUAUUGACUUUGCUUA